UUAAAUGUUUAUAUAUUAGCUUUAACAUACUAUAAAGCAUUAUCUGUCCGUCGUUUGAGUGAAUAGGUUUGAGACGUUAGUUUUACCUUAGUACUUUUCUAUUUAUACACAAUGAACGGAAAUGCUACAGUGAUAGAAAAUAACUUAGGGGCACCUAAGUUACGCAAAGGAUCAUACAUAGCUCCUCUUGAUGAAGAAUCCAUCACACUAAUAUUUUCACCGGGAAAUGAUAGCGUCGGAACUCUGGCCAAGGCGUUAAAACUCUUCAAGGAAUACAACGUGAACCUGUUGCAUAUCGAAUCCCGGUCGUCGGACAGAAUACCGGACCAGUAUGAGUUUUUUGUCGAAUGCGCGCCCGGUGGUAACGUGCCCAAAGUGGUGGAAAUAUUGAAGAGCACGAUGACGUACUGUUCGGUGGUAUCUAGAAACAAUCUCAACGACAGCAAAGUGAAAGACAUAUAUGUACCGUGGUUUCCGUUGCGGAUCCGAGAUUUGGACAAAUACGCCAAUCAGAUUCUAUCACAUGGAGCUGAAUUGAAUGCCGAUCAUCCCGGGUUUACAGAUCCUGUAUACAGAAUGAGGAGGAAGUAUUUAGCUGACACCGCUUUGAAUUAUAGACACGGAGAUCCAUUACCUCAUAUUGAAUACACACAACAAGAAGUAGAGACGUGGGGCACGGUGUUCAGGGAACUAACUAAAUUGUAUCCGACACAUGCAUGUAAUGAAUAUAAUCACUUAUUUCCUUUAUUCGUUGAAAAUUGUGGUUAUAGAGAGGACUGUAUACCACAAUUUGAGGAUAUUUCCAAUUUUCUUAAGGACAGUACCGGAUUCACUUUGAGGCCUGUUGGUGGGCUUCUUUCAUCCAGAGAUUUCUUAGCCGGAUUAGCUUUCAGAGUAUUUCAUUCCACACAGUACAUUAGACAUCACAGUCGGCCAUUGUACACGCCUGAGCCGGACAUUUGUCAUGAACUGUUGGGCCACGUACCGUUGUUCGCUAAUCCAGCUUUUGCACAAUUCUCUCAAGAAAUUGGACUAGCGUCGCUUGGCGCCCCCGAUGAUUACGUUAAAAAAUUGGCUACGUGUUAUUGGUUCACCGUCGAGUUCGGGUUGUGCCGACAAAAUGGCGAGCUGAAAGCGUACGGCGCCGGACUACUGUCGUCGAUUGGUGAACUCCAAUACUCGUUGUCGGGCAAACCGGAGCUGAAGCCGUUCGAUCCCGAGGUGACCGGUGACCAGGAGUACCCGAUCACCGAGUACCAGCCCACGUAUUUCGUGGCCGAGAGUUUCGACGACGUCAAAGACAAACUCAUAAAAUUCGCAAAGACGAUACCGAAACAAUUCGGAAUUCGGUAUAACCCGUACACGCAAAGCGUUCAGGUGCUGGACUCGAAAUUGCAACUGCAAGAGUUGGCCAACAACAUCAGCAACGAGCUUCAGAUAUUGCGUUACACGCUCAAUAAGAUGGAUUGAACACUCAACUGCAUCUCCAUUCUACCUGUGUAUAUAUAAUAAUAGUUUAGUGUCCAAUUAUUAUUAUUAUUGUUGUUAUGUCGACGUUGCUGCUACUGUUGUUGUAUCGUACCUACCUACCGCGUAAUUAUAUUGUUAGAUCUUUAUUAUCAUUAUCAUUGUACGUUGUCCGUUUAUACAAUAACGCAGCAACAGGUAUCCGUCGGAAAAGCCGCAUUUCCACAGCUCCGACAGCGGUAUACCUACCGCGUUACGCAAUCGCCCAACGCGAGUUACAACAGUUAAUUGGGUUCAAUUUCCACCUGUUAUAAUAUUGCGCAACUCAAAACAACCCUUGACUAAUUUUGUUUAAUGAAACCGAACGAGCGCAAUGUUUUCACGACAAAAAACAUUCCUUCACGCUACAAAAACCUAGUUUUAGCGAAAUACACACACACACACAUUAUACACAAUGUUUGUUCGUUACUGUGUUUAAUUUUGUUUUUGUACCUAUAUGAUGGAAUAACAAUUUAUCGAGACAGCGCGUAUAAUAACGUGUUAUUUUUAUUUACAUUACAAAAUAUUGUAUAACAUAUAUAAUAAUAUUAUUAUUCUUUUGUGAUGCAAA